AUGGAAGGGCGGAAUGAGAUCAGGGAUGGGCGGAAGGAGAUUAGGGGUGGGCGGAAUAAGGCGCGGGUUGAUGGGGAGGGGGAAUGGAGGGGGAGAGCAGGUGCUGCCCGAGGAGGGGGAAGAGAGACGUCGUCCCUUUUGACAGGGAGGCAUGGACCGCACUCACCCUGCUGCCCGCUUCUCUCCCUCCCCGCCGUUCUCCCAUGCAUGUGCCUGCAGCUGCAGGCGCUGUUGCGCAUGGGCAUGCCAGCGGGGGUGUGCAGCACGCGCAACGCCACCACGCCACUGCACGUGGCGGCGUAUGGCGGCCACGUGGACUGCAUGUGCCUGCUGGCGGCUGUGCGUGCCUGGCGGCUUGACCAAGCAGCAGUGGGAGGCAGUGAGAUGACUUGCACACCAGGGAAUAGAGCCAGCAGAGGUAGAAGCAGCGGGGGCCAACCCCAAGGCGGUUCAGAUAGUGUGGGAGGAGCAUGCGCGGCGGGCAGGCCAAGGAGGGGAGAGGGGGCAUGGGUUUUGGAAGGAUGGUGUGGCAGAACACAAGGAGGACAGGGUGCUGAGCAGUGGGAAGGGGCGGGAGGGGGGGGUUAUAGAGCCGCUCCCAGGGCAGUGGGGAAGGUGAGAGGAGAGCCGUACACCAACUGCACCGCUCUGAACCCAUUUGUGCAGUGGAAUCUGCAGCCGCUGCUACCAGCCACUCCCCCCUCCUUCACCCUCACCUCACCACCCCCACCCGCCUUCACGCCGCCAUACGCCCUCUCGUCCAUCUGCUUGUGGACGUCCCUCUCCGCCAUCGCACCUGGUCGCACACAAGCAACAGCCCUCCUGCCACUGCCGCCACACACAAAGCCUGCUGAUGCAGAUGCUGGCAGUGGAGGCGAGAAGGCAGUGGGAGGCGCAGUUGGUUCGAGUCAGGGCGUGCAGGGGGAGUGGGCAGUGGCGGGGUAUGAGGCGAUGCGUGUGGUGCAGGUGGGGGGUGGGUGGCGCCAGGGCAGCUAUGGCCUGCCCUCCUCCCUCGCUGCCUCUGCUGCACCUGCUGUGUCUGGAAGGCAAGGUGACUUGUCUGGAAACCUUUGUUGCACUUCUUUGUAG